AUGUGUACAUUGAGUUCCGACGAUUUGGGACUGUAUGACAUCGCCAGGUCUACUGAUUUGAGAGACUCGAGAGGUAAAGUUCCUAGCGAAGUAAUACAUGAACACAUUGAAAAUGAAGAUCAGAAUGAAAAUGCUUCAGCAGUUAUUGUAGAUGAUGUUGAUAUUGAUGAUGAUCCCAGUGUAAAAUUUUACCCAGUAUUAAAACGUCAGUGUGCAGGUGGACGACUAAUUUUUUAUUAUAACGCAGAAAGAGAAGCCAUUGGGUACUAUGUUCGAACAGCAGACGACAAAAUGAUAGCAACAAUGAAAUAUUUUGACUUUCCCGGUUUUCAUGGUGCGAGUACCGGAGAGGGAAUAACCAUAUCUGAGAUUACGUUUCCAAUUGACAAAGGACUGUCUGCAGAAGUGACGCAAGAAAAUGAGACUAUGUACAGUUAUAAUAUCACCCGUGAAUUUGAUCAUCACAAUAUGUCGCAACCAAUUAAAAGGAUGUUGUCAACAACACUUCGCUUUAAGCUUCAUUCUGUACGUUCACAUGAAAUGAGUAAGAAAGCAACAUGUCUACGAGUAGAGGGCUCGCUAGAAUUUGUUGAUCUGGACAAUAAUGGUCAAGUGUUGGUUGAUCUUGAUACAAGAUCUAGUAGAAUAAAGUGUAAAGACAUGAAUCUACCUUUGUCAGACUGGCAACUAGAAAACACUUCAAAAGAGAUCGGGACCUCAGUAAUUGCUUUUUGUGUUAUAUCAUUAGUAUUGACGACUGCCACUAUGUUUUUUGCUGCUUAUACUUUCUGGAGAACUAAGCAGUUUAUGAAGAAGCACUAUCAGUCCUACUUCGGGGUUGUUGAUAAGGAGGAGACGGACCUGCCAGCGUCAGAGUACUUCCGGUUUUUAAAAGUUUGGGAUAUAACAGUUAUGAUAUCCGAUAUAUUGACAUUAUACGGGACAAUUUGGAUAGUGUUUAAUACAAAGCAAAGUGAAUUGGAGCUGGAGUUGCUAGAUUCCUACACCGUAUGGUUAGGAGUCGGUUGUGUACUAGCGUGGCUAAGUUUGCUGAGGUUCUUCAAGUUUCAUAAUAAAUUCCAUCUGUUAUUUAGUACACUAUACAAAGCAUUUUGGGAUGUGAUUGCCUACCUUAUUUGCGUAGGAGUGUUGUUUGUCGGGUUCUGGGUUUGUGGAUAUGUCGUUUUGGCGCCGUACCAUGUCAAGUUCAAAACUCCAGCAGCAGCAGCGGAGACGCUGUUUUCUGUUGUUAAUGGCGACGAGAUAUACGCAACUUUAGCAAUACUGGAGUCGGAUAAGAGCGGAGGAAAUUGGGUGUGGUUGUUUUCAAGGUUCUAUUUUGGAGCAUAUGUUGCUAUAUUUACGAUAGUUGUUAUCAACCUCCUCAUAGCUCUUUUUAUGAGCGCCUAUGAGUCUAUUAAGACGUGCUAUGAAGACAAACCAGAUGAACGAGAAUUGGGUCCAUUGGAAAAAGCUUUGCGCCGAGUUCUAAUUCAAGACGGCGAGCGAAGUAAUCUGCGGAGCUCAAUAUAUGACCUUAUGAAUGACAGUACACCCCUGACAGCAGAAAUAAACUCACUGAGAAGUGAACUUUCAAAAAUUGUUCGCGUGUCUAAAAGCAAGAAAGACGUGGUGCUUCUGAAACCGAGGACUUUGAAAGUGUUUAUGGAAGACGAGGAGCACAAAAUGAAGAAAUUUAUAUGCGGAUUUGUGAGCUGCUCCUUCACGUUUUUUUCUGGUGAUGACCAGGUUACAAAAGACGAUGAACAGAAACAGAAAGAUGAUCGUUAACAAGCAGACAGUUACACAACACAUACUAUAUGAUAAGAUGAGAAUGACAUUGACCUGCAUCUACAGUUAAUGUUCUAAAAUUUAGUUACAGACCUUUUCAUCAUAUUCUUACAAAAAUUAGUAUAUUAAUCCUAUACAUAUGUCGUAACUAACACCGUAAUUGCCAAUUAACUAGAGUUAUAAUUUUUCAUUUUUUUUUUCAUUUGCUAUUGCAGCAUUAAUGUUAGAAUCGUUAUGAAUUAUAUAUGUAACUAAAAUUAAUUAUUGCUUUAAUUGUAAUCCAAAUUUAAUAAACCGCUUUCCAAUGAUGUGUUUUGUUCGUGUUAAUGUUGUUACCUUGAAAAUGUGACUAUGAAAAUCAGAACGAAAAACGGAUAAGGUGUUUUUUAGUCAAUCAUUUGAUGUGAUUUUUUAGAAAGUAAUAAAAUCAAGGUAUACUACUGUUGAAAUUUUCAAAUUUUUCAUGGUCUUAAUGAAAAGGGUCAUACUCAACAAGAAUAAAAAACCCAAAUAUAUGCAUUUAUAUAAUUCAUACAAAUAUGCUUUCCUGAAUUAUACAGAUAAGUUAAGACAAAUCAUAUUAAGAAAUUCGUUUCUACACAAAUUUAUGUCAAAGGUCUGAGGCAGCAGUAGUUUAGUUUUCUCGCGAGUGUUUGAGAUUUUCAGAUUUAACCUAGUUCCAUUAAGAGACAAUAUCUGUGUACAUGAAAUGUAUUUAUACAUGUUUUAUGAUAUUUAUGCUGCAGAAUUUCAUUGAUACAAAAUGUAAAUCAUA